AUGCCGAAGCAACCGGCUAAUAUCAUGAUAUCCAAGAAAUUCGAAGUGAAGGUGGCCCUUCUGGGCUACGUCUCUGUCGGGAAGACUACGGUUCUGAAUGCAAUGCUUCGCGCGAAAUUCAGUGAAGUUUCCAUGAUGCGCACAACCGCUGGGAUAAACUUGUUUCGUAUCAUCAAUCCGGAUCCCAACAGCGACGCUGAAGUCGGUCCCUCAGGCAACAGGAACUCCAGCAGCGACCAGUGGUCAGUAGUGGCAGAUCAAGAGACUCAAAAACCAGCAGAUGUGUUGAGGCAGAUCGAAGCAUCCAAUCAGUCCCUGCGUGGAACUCGAAAGAUUGAAGAGAAGCAUUUCAACGUUGAGCUGGAAGAACCUCUGUGCACCACUAGAAAUGAUACAUCGUUGGUGAUUGUGGACGUGCCGGGUCUAAACGAAGCUGAUUCGGACAGCAUCUAUGUCAAGUACGUUGAAGACAACUGGAAGAGCUUUGAUUGCGUGGUUGUCGUGAUGGAUGCCCGCCAAGGGGUCAAUACAGAGGAGCAGAUAUCUCUCCUCAAGUUGGUUACCAAGAAUCUUUCAUCAAAGAAAGAUAUCCCUACCAUCAUUUUAUUCAACAAGGUUGAUGAACCCGAUGAUUCCCAACAAGCGAUGAUGGUGCAAGAAGCCAGGCAGAAGAUUCAAGAGAUGUUCUCUGUUGGGUGCCGCAAGGAGUCCCUCGGGACCUUGCUCAGAACAACCAAUGGCCCAUCCGAGAUUCCUUCUGAUGCGUAUCCAGUCUUCUUGGCAACUUCUGCCAUCCAUGCAUUCUUCUACCGGACAGCUUCUCUUCUGACCUUUGAAGAGUUCAAAAAUAAGUUUGACAGCGAGCUUAUUGACAUGAUUGGGCGAGAAGAAGUGGGGCGCUUUCGAUGGAAGAAACUGUCCGAGGAUGAAAAAUACGAGGCUGUGUAUGAGUCUGUGAGGGCCGAUACAAACUAUCAGGAGCGCUUGGAAGCCACAAACUUUGACAAGUUCCUAUCUAUCCUCUCGGUUGCAGUUGGAGGAGUGGAUAAUCAAGGAAGGAUUCUUGAGAAGCAGCUUGACGUUGCAGUUGAGUCUCUAAUGGAAAAUGAUGGCAUUUCAGUCUCAGUCCUCCGGUCCAUCCACGACAAGAGCUUGGUGCUCGGCAAAAAUCUCAGCCAUCUCAAACGGCACUUUUGGAAGCUCUACAAGAGGUCGAAAGAAAAGGCCACGAAGGCCUUCGUUGAUGAGUUGGAGGUCAAGCCACUUGCAAGUGCAGCUAAACUCCUUUCGACGUACUUUUCGUUCGCUCGUGCUCUUGGAUGGAGAGAAGAAGAGAAUCUUAUCCGCACUGAGGUCUGUAAGCUUGUGAAGGUUCAGCUUGGAACCAUAGCAAACAAGCAAGGAUUGAAGCGUUUUCAAGGCAACCUCUGCGGCCCAUGCUACACAAGAUCCACAGCGAAUAAGAAAACCUGGGAAAGCCUUUCUCUGAGUGACUGGCUUGCAUUGUUGGGGUCUAUUCUCAUCAUGGCCUACAACAGAGACUUCUGUGAGAACUUCAGCCACGAGAACAUCCUGUUGUCUCAACUGAAAGGAAGGUUUAUAUCAUGCCUUCACCUGUGGCAAAUCCCCUGUGACUGCAGCACGUGUUUGCAGGUUUCGGUCGUUGCUGCUGCAAGAUCAAAGAUGAAGAUUGAGGUUCCAGACAAUCUUGCCGAUGAGGAGCAUUGGGGCCACGUUGCCUGGAAGUGCUGCAAGCUUUUGGAAAUGAUGGACAGGAGCAACUAG